AUGGUUAUAUCUCUAAAUGAGGCGUUACAGGACCCCAGUGUUCUGGAGGAGCUUCAAGCAAGACCUUCCUCUUUCAGGUUCCGUGAUGAGGUGGAGGUGGCGGCGACGAUGGAGCGAUGGUGGCCCCACCUCAGGUGGGUGGAGAAGGAUCUGGAUGGUAAUGGUGGGGAUCAGGAAGGCUCCAUCAUGAUCGAGGGCGCCAUGGCGAACUUCCUUCAGAUACUCGCUAUCAGCAUGAACUUUACGUACCGGCUGGUGCCCCCAAAGGACAAAACAUUCGGUAGUCUGAAUGAGGACGGAACCUGGAAUGGCAUGGUCGGCCUCGUCAAUAGAGGGGAGGUAGACCUUGGCAUGGGCCCCUUCGCCAUCACGGAGCCUCGCUGGCUGGCAGUGUCCUAUUCGCAGCCCAUCUCCCACACUGACCUCAGGAUUGUGAUGAGCGUGGGGAGCAUUGAGAUCGACCCGUGGGCCUUCUUGCUGCCGCUCACGCCCACCCUGUGGGGCCUACUGAUGGCCACGCUAGUGGUGGUGUGGGUGGCCACGAUUUUGGUCGGGCGCCUGAGCCAGGCGUGGCAGCAGUGGCCUCACAGUGUGUUCCUGCAGCUGUACGGCGCCCUCAUGCAGCAAGGCGUGACCAUGCCGCUGAGUGGACAACGGCUGCGGAUGGUGGUGGGCGGGUGGGUGGUGGCCUCCGCCCUUGUCGUCUGGAGCUACGGUGGCCUUCUGGUUUCCGUCAUGACCAUACGCCACGUGCCGAGACCCAUCCAGACUGCUGAAGAUCUCUUCGAGGCUUCUCACGUCAAAGUGAUAAUGAGAGGCAACACAGCCUACACUCAGAUAAUGGAGCAAGCAAAGUCUGGGGUGAUGCAUGACCUGUACGGCUUGAGGGCGCUGGGACGCCUGGACUGGGUACGUGCGGGAACCCCAGAGUGGUUCCAUCUGAUGAGCCUUGGGGACUAUGCCUCCAUCGUGACCACCCUCUCUGGCGUCAGUUUGAAGGCCCGGGACUUCAGCAGCAGAGGUCGGUGCUUGCUGUACAUCGCCAAGGAGCGCCUCAUGCCCUUCAGUUACAGCAUCAUCGCCCCUAAGAACAAUUCCAUCCUGCCCGCAAUCAACGCCAGGGUGCGGGCAGUAGUGGAGUCUGGGCUGUACGACUACUGGCUGCAGCAGGGCAUCCCGAACGGCACGGUGUGUGACUCCUCGCCAUCCACCGUCACCGUGCACCAGCCAUUCUCUCUAGCCAGUCUGUGGCUGCCUCUCAUCCCUCAGGCAGUGUUCGCGGUGUUCGGGGUCGGCCUUGGAUGCGGAGUCCUCGUCUUUCUUCUCGAGGUGACAGUCUGCCGCAGCGCCUCCCUCUUCGCCGCCUUCCCUUCUGGCUGUUGCAAAAGGCGCUGA